ACAGUUAAAAAGAAGGAGGGAAGGGGGCGCUUCAGGAUUCUGAAGAUUGCCCAACUGGGUUUGAUGAGGCUUCGUCAAUCCCUUUUGGGUUAAGACAACAAAAGUCAACUAACGUUUGAGUCUUGCGCCUCUUUUAUAUUUGGUUUCUGUUUUCAAAUUAUUGACUUUGAAAAUUUUGCGUACAGUUCAUACCCUCAUCCUUCCUUUGCAUUCUUUGUUUUUUCAAUACACACUGAUUAUUUUGGGGCAUUCCUUUUACACGUUUAUGGGAUAUUGAAUUGUCUUCCUCCCCCAUUUUCAGCUCUGCCAGAUUCUCUCCUUCUGAAUUUAAAGUUUCUUUUUCUUUUGUUUCUUGAAUUGAUUAAUUUUUUGCUUACCCAAAAAAGAAGAAAGGAAAAAGAAGACAGAAAGUGAAGAAAGCAAAGAGCUUGAAUGAGUUUUGUAUACGUGAAAGAAGUUCUGAUGGUGAGCUGUAAAAAUGGUUGCUUUUGAUCGAUUUAGGGAUCUUAUCUGAUCUGGGUCUGCUGCUCUGCUUGCAUCUCUCUCACCAUUGUUGCACUUUCAUGAUUUGUCAAAGUUAAAAAGUUGAUAGAUUAUGAGCACAUAACGUUACACAUUAUGGGCUGGCUUAGCAAGAUUUUCAAAGGGGGCUCCAGCCACAAAAUAUCGGAAGAGCAUUGUCCUGAGAGCUAUGGAGAGCAUCAAAAUACCGAUGGUCCUUCUUGCUCAGGGGACAUCUGGCCAGAAAAUGAGAAUGAAGAUAUAGACCGUGCUAUUGCGCUAUCUCUUAUAGAAGAAAAUCAAAAAGGAAAACAUGUGAUCGAUUCUAAUUCUCAGUUGGAAGAAGAUGAACAACUUGCCAGAGCCUUACAAGAAAGUUUGAAUGCGGAGUCUCCUCCUCGAUAUGGAAUUAUUACAAAUGCACAUCCUCCUCAACAUGGAGGAAAUCUGCAUCCUCCUCAAUAUGGAAGUGGAAAUACAUAUCCCCCUCAAUAUGGAAAUGGAACUUCACAUCCUCCUCGAUAUGGAAAUGGAAAUACGUACUCUCCUCCAUACGAAAAUGGAAGUGCAUAUCCUCCUCAAUAUGGAAAUGGACAUACAUAUUCACCUAUUCCCAUGUACUAUCCAAUAGGGUCUAGGAUUUGUGCCGGUUGCAAUGCUGAGAUUGGUUUUGGACGAUAUUUGAAUUGCCUGAAUGCAGUUUGGCAUCCUGAAUGCUUCCGGUGCCGUGCAUGCAAUGUACCAAUUUCUGAUUAUGAGUUUUCUACAUCUGGGAAUUACCCUUACCACAAGUCUUGCUAUAAGGAGAGCUACCAUCCAAAGUGUGAUGUUUGCAAGCACUUUAUUCCAACAAACCCUGCUGGUCUUAUUGAAUAUAGGGCACAUCCAUUUUGGGUUCAAAAAUAUUGCCCAUCUCAUGAACAUGAUAAUACCCCUCGGUGUUGCAGCUGUGAACGAAUGGAGGCUCGGGACACAAGAUAUAUAAAUCUAAAUGAUGGUCGGAAGCUCUGUCUAGAGUGCUUGGACUCUGCAGUGAUGGAUACCAGUGAAUGCCAACCCCUAUAUCUUGAUAUACAGGAGUUUUAUGAAGGUUUGAAUAUGAAAGUGGAGCAACAGGUUCCAUUACUCUUGGUAGAAAGGGAAGCACUAAAUGAAGCGAGAAUAGGAGAAAGAAAUGGCCAUUAUCACAUGCCUGAGACAAGAGGGCUCUGCCUUUCUGAGGAACAGACUAUUAGCACGAUUUCGAGGAGACCAAAGUUUGGGGCAGGGAACCGACACACAGACGUGAUAACAGAACCCUACAAAUUAACUCGUCUCUGUGAGGUGACAGCAAUUCUAAUCUUAUAUGGACUUCCAAGGUUGCUGACUGGGUCUAUCCUAGCACAUGAAAUGAUGCAUGCAUGGCUGCGGCUUAAAGGUUACCGAACUCUUAGCCAAGAUGUUGAAGAAGGUAUCUGUCAGGUUGUAGCUCACAUGUGGCUAGAUGCAGAGCUAAUGUCUGGCUCGGAAGGGAAUUCUGCAUCUACCUCCUCAUCUUUCUCCAGUUCCACUUCAUCAAAGAAGGGUACACGAUCGCAGUUUGAGAAGAAGCUCGGGGAAUUCUUUAAACACCAGAUCGAAGCAGAUAUUUCCCCAGUAUAUGGAGACGGAUAUAGGGCUGGUCAACAGGCAGUGCAGAAAUACGGGCUUAAAAGGACCCUAGACCAUAUUCGGAUGACGGGGACCUUUCCGUGUUGAGAACUCACUCUGAAGAUAUUUUGGCGUUUUUUUUUUUUUUGUUUACCACAGAAUUAGAACCUGGCUUUCUCAUAUUAGAAACAAGGCUGGGUUGAUAGGAAUUGACUCUGCAGAGAAUUAUGGAUUGAAUGCUCAAUUUUAUGA